UGCGAGCCAUUCGAGGAAGCCAUCUCAAUGAACGCGACAUCCGGUAUCGCAGCCGGCACCUUCGCUUACAAAGCUCACUUCGUCUAGACGCCUGCAGACUGGUAACCAUGCUCGUGGUGAAUGACCCUCAACUAACAGGCCUCGUUAUGACAGUGAAUUACGUUGGCCUCAAGGUAUUUUUUGUGAUGCCAGAAGCCAACGCGCUAAUCAGCCCGGUUUGCAUAGCGCACCUUUUGGGAAUGCUUCUUCUGGGCGCUCGAGGAUCAACGGAAGCCACCCUCAGGGCAUUCCUCCUGCUCGACAAGCACAAAGGGAGGACGCUACAAACGCUACAAAUGUCGGCGCGGGUGCGCAUCAAGAAGCAAGUGCGCCGCAAGUACCGAAGGGGGCUAAUAACUUUCUACCACGCAGACAUUGAUACAAACUCAACAGUAGCCGCCGGCAAAGUGCCAGAUCCGGUGGACGGUGAUUUGGUUGCGUUGUCGACGAUCCGCUUCAAAGGCGCUUGGAAAUUUGAGUCCACGAAACUCGGACGGUUUUUGAACAAGGGCCACGAAUCGGUACUGGUGCCCAAACUGAAGCUCACCGGCAAUCUUCGCACACAAUACUACGCUGAUAUGAAUGCGCGUGUCGCCGAGCUUCCAGGAGGCAGAGCGGCCAUGUACAUUUUUCUACCACAGGGACACUUGAGAGACGUCGAGGAAAUCAUCGCCGAAAAAGGCAUCGAUGAGUACGUCGACAACAUGGAAUUUCAGAGAAGCACGUUACUUGUUCCUAGAGCUGCCGUUGAGGACGUUGUGGACCUGGAAACCGCUCUCAAGACUCUAGGCGUCAGAGGUCUUUUCUCGAAGGACGCGAAUUUUUCUGCAAUAAGCAAAGGAAUUCGCGUCACUCGUAUGACGCAGCGGACUUCGUUGUAUCUGGACCAAACGGAUAGCGAAGCUUCGGUCGCCUCUGGCGUUGCCCUCGCACUUCGAAGUGUCAUCGGACGAAAGACGCUGCUGAUAGACGUUGACAGGCCGUUUUUCUUCGUUAUCCGCGACCGGAAAACCGGUGUGGACCUGUUCCUUGGAAGGAUAACCCGACUGGACUCGGAAAAACGUAAAGCAGGGGUGAUGUCCUUUCGGCAGGAUGCCUUUCAGUGAUAAUUUUCGGCUUGUGAUAAAUACAGACAGGACGAAAAAAGUUCCGGGGGACGGGGUGUUCGGUUCGAAUGUCGCAAAAUAGGAUGACACAAGCUGCUUCUUGUGACUGCAGUCGUAUCAAAAAGUAUAUA